GGCAAGCACUUUGCAGAGGCAUUUUGGCACAGGCAUUGCAUUGGCGCUGCACGGCGUCUUGACCAAAGAUAAACUCUGCAUUAUUGCCAAAAAUCUCAGCACAGAUCGAAAAAAGCAGCAAUAAGCAGUGCUCUCACUGCCAGGCUGCUCAUUGCUGCACAAGCACUCGAAGCAGCAGUCGUCCGCGAGGCAAGAGAAUGCAAAUACGAACCCUAAUAACCCUGCACGCCGCCGCCGCGACCAAGACGCCGGAACGCCUGCCGCCGGACGUCAGAGCGCGAGAAGCUCUGAAGCUCGUCGACUCCUUUGGUGAGUGCGACGAAAAAACGCGCCGUCAAGCGGCCUACUACGCGCUGCACCCCGAGCAGUUCUGGGGCGACGCCCACUGCGAGCAGGUGCUGGACGUCGUGGCACAGCACUGUGUCAACGGAUUAGGACUAGACAUCGGCGCGAACGUAGGGGCAACUUUAGACGCAGUACGGCGCUGCGCCGGUGGUGCUAACUGCGCAGGCAUCAUCGCCUUCGAGCCGAACCCCGCGAACCUGCCCCUGCUCCGUGACGCGGCUGAGGAUGAUGUGAUUAUUGUGGAACGCGCCGCAAGUGAUGUUGCUGAUGUAACAGUGGCGUUCAACCUGCCGACGGGCACGGACCAGGUACGUCCUUGUUGUUUUUUCGCGUGAUGGCGUCCCCGCAGGCGGGCCAGUUCUUCGCUGCAGAAACGCCGGGCAACCCCUUCGGCGGCAUCGCCUCUUCAGACGAUGAGAACACCUUCGACGUCCUCACGACGACCGUGGAUCAUGAAGUCAAAGGUAGGGUAGCCUUCGCGAAGAUCGACGUCGAGGGCCACGAGAGUUCUGUGCUGCGCGGCAUGGACGCGACGCUGCGACAGACGGAUUGUUUAUUAGUCGAGUGCUCGGACUUAGCGACGGACUCGAAGGAGCCCGUGCUGAAACUCGCGGCGUUUUUUGACGAGCGAGGCUUCGACGCCUAUCGCGUCGGGGCCGAAUGCUUAUUACCGUUGUGGGGCCGCCACUACCACCCUUUGUACGACGAGUGGCGCUACUGGUCGAACGUGAUUGCGGUGCGGCGGGACUGCGCGGGGCUCGCCGAGGCGCUCGCUGGUUUGGCAGAUGUGGUCGGGCGGGACGCGGCGCUGGAAGAGGCGCUUGCUGGUGGUGGGGGGGGGUAA